AUUCUGACGAGCGGCGGUCGAGAGCUCGACUAUAGGACGCAUCAAUACAAACGACUGAUGGAGAUCCUCCACCGCCGGCAAGAGAAAACUUUACAAAUAACGCUAGGCUCCCUUUCGCGAUGACAUCGCUGUGGGCGACGACGAUUUAAAUCACCAGCAGUCGUGCUGAACUAGUAGGUCGCGGCCCGCUCUGCGCCUGGCAUCGGCGGUUCUAUCGGGUGUAAUAGCGUCCGACACGAAGUCCGCGACUCCAGCGGCGGUUUCAUGGGCCCAUCAUUUCGCGGUUUCACCUCGCUACUAUCUGACUGAAAUGACCCCGUACCAACCUCGGAGGUCAGCUGUGGCUGUGAGGUUCAACCCUUAUUUCCAACCCUGAUGAUGCUGCUUCAAUGGCUCCUUCCCGAUCGAAUCCGAGUGCUUUCUGGUGCUCUUCGGUAGAACAAAACUCACUCUCAGGUUGCUUUUCUUGCAGCAGAAUUCCCCGCGAGAGUUCAUUUUUCCCUGGAGCCUCCACCCUGCGAGCCUUAGCAAUGAACAUGGCAGUGCGGACCUGUCUGAGUCACCUGUCGCUUUGAAUCAACGGCACUGCUUUUACUAAGAGGAGUCAGUAAUCAGUUUCUUGAGCACCCCCCUGUUGGUGGUCUGACUCUCCCCACAGUAUGACCGACCCAGGGGUGUCCAUGGAAGUCAAUAUUUUAAUCCUCAAACUGAGAGUGUUUGAGCUAAUACCGUAACAGAGUACCAGUAGCUACUCUCAGGGCUGCGUCGGCCUGCUCACCGCGAGCCUUUCUUGCGCAUGUCACGUUCCACGAGUCAAGCGACGACGUGUAGCAAACACCGAGCCUGAACACGAGCUUAGCGGUCCCUCUUACCUGGUUUCUCUCUUGCGGUCCCUCUUACCUGGUUUCUCUCUUGCGGUCCCUCUUAUUUGGAUUCUCUGCUCUAGUUUCCUAGCACCCAACCCCGCAGCACCAACCAUGCACGACGAUCACCAGCAGCGGGGCUCCUACCGCUCCCACAUGGACCCCGAAAUCGGCGGCGAAAACACCCCUGGUUACCAGGAUGCUGCAACAGCAGCAUAUGCUUCGCCGCCGUCGCCCAAAUCGCCCGCCAUGGAGGGGUGCGUGGGCGGCGCAGCGUCAGCCGCCGCUGCUGGGAGCCGUGGUGCCAGCGUGAGUUCGGGGUUCCGCAAGCCGUUUCAGCGGCUCUACAGAGCGAUGCUCGGCGGUGGCUCCUCCUCUUCCUCCUCCUCCAGCAACAAGAAGCCGUCGCCUCUGUCGUCGCACUCGUCGUCGCAGUCCUCCUCCUCCCACUCUUCGCCGCACCAGAAACAGCGCCACCAGCAGCAGCAGCAGACCCAACAGCAGCAGCAGCAGCAGCAGCAGCAGCAGCAGCAGCAGCCCUUUUUCUUCAGCGGCCCUCACCAGAGCAGAACUGCCACUGCUACUAGAAUUGGAACCGGAACUGCCGGCCUGACAGCGGCCGGCACGGCGGCAGCAGGCCCACCAUCAGCAUCCCUAGACCCUGUGUCAGUGCCGCUUCCCUCCCUGUCUCCCCUGCCCGGUUCUGGAGCCGGCGCCCCCUUCGCAAGCACUUCUGGCACAGUCACUUCAAGCAGCAGGAGACUGGGCGUGAAUCCGUCGCCGGUUCAGCACUCGUCUCCGUCUGUCCGCUCCCCCAGUCCUCCCGGCCCCCAUGUGUCCUUCCGGGAUUCCCAAGGGAUUGGGACUUCCCAAGGCUUCCGGGAUGCCCAAGGGGUUUUGGACCAAGGUUCGCGGAGCUUCAGGGACUCCAUAGGUCUCGAGUUCAAUUCCGGCCUGGUCUCAUAUUUCCAGGAGGAGAGGGUGUCUGAAGUGUCGUCCUUUGCAGGCCGACCCAGAGGAGGCUCGGAGACGUCCCCGAGGGUGCUCGUUCGGCGGAGCACGCUGCCGCUGACGUCAGCGCAGUCGACCCAAAUGGUUCGGGAGCAGCAGCAGCUGGUUCUCUCCCAGGGUCUUGCCGCCGUCUCGAUUUCAGCUGCUGUUUCCUCUGCAUGUGGUAACCCUGUAACCAGUACCGGAACCCCCCCUCUCCAGUCUCCACCUGGCAGAAGCACGGCUGUAGCUGCAGCGGCGGCUGUAGCAGCGGCAGCUGUGACUAUACCGCGCGGCACUCUUCCUCCGCCUUCAGGGGCUCCCACCUCCUCCGCUGUAAGCCCAGGCGGCCACCAGCACAGCCGGUCUAAGAGUGCAGUGGAGGGAGACGUUUUGGGUCAGGCAGAGGGCCGAGGAGAGGAGGGAAUUGAUGAGGAUGAGGAUGAUGAUGAGGAGGAGGAGGAGGAGGAGGAGGAGGAGGAGGAGGAGGAGGAGGAGGAGGAGGAGGAGGAGGAGAGGGAGAGGAGGGGGGUGUUGUUCCGGGGCCGGGCGGUCACUAUUUCCAGGCUCCUGCCGCCCAGUGUGACUAUAGAGGAAGGCACGUUCCGCACUGCAGAGAGGUCUCCAAUGAGUCGAUACCAGCUCCAGUACCAGCAGCAACAACAGCAGCAGCAGCAGCUACAGCCACUGCAGCCGCAGCAGCCACAGCAGCAGCAGCAGUCGAUGGGGCAGGCUAUGCCAGGCAAGAGACGCGGUGCUUCCCACAGUGUGGUUCUCGUAGGGGAGAGAGGAGGCCUGCUGGGCCGGCAGCAACAAUCACAGCUACAGCCACAGCUACAGCCGGGGGCCAGCAACCUCGGUGGCUACUCCCACUCCACCGGUCAAACCUCGUCCGGGCAAGUCAACGGUGGUCAACGAGGCGGUCCUGGCACAGGCAGCAUAGGUCGCACAGGUGGCAGAGCUGGCAUAGCUGGUGCAGGUGGCAUGCCGCAUGGUAGGCGGCGGUCGCUGGUGUCCCACUCAGGUGGCUUGACAGCUGGGCUUUCUCCUGGCCUGGCCGCCCUCACCGGGCUCACUAGCAGCACCUUCGGUGGUGGGCGUGGUGCAAAUGGUGGCGGCGGCAGUGGGGUUGGGUUUGUGAGCGGCAGCAUCGGCAACAUGGGCAGCAACAGCAGUAGCUUCAUUCGAGGCCGGAGCCGCACCAUAUCAACAGCUACGAUCACACCAGCUGGAACAGGAGGGGGAGGAGGAAGAGGAGGAGCAGGGGGGGGAGGAAUCGGAGGGGGAAGGGGCGAGGGAGGAGGAGGAGGAGGAGGAGGAGGAGGAGGAGGAGGAGGAGGAGGAGGAGGAGGAGGAGAGGAGGAGGAGGAGGAGGAGGAGGAGGAGGAGAGGAGGAGGAGGAGGAGAGGAGGAGGAGGAGGAGGAGGAGGAGGAGGAGGAGGAGGAGGCGGGGGAGCGGUUCUGUCGGCGGUGCCCCCUGCGCUGUCCCCCCGUGCUCUAGCUCAGCUGGAUCACAGCUUUGGCAGCGACGAGUCGAUGUCGUCCAGCGGCGAGGUGGUCAACAUGAUCGACGACGGCUCUGGCGGUGCUGGCAUGAAGGGUGUGUGCGCUAUUUGCUUGGAACGUCAGAGAGCAGGAGGCGGUCACGCCCUGUUUACAGCGGAGUGCGGCCACACCUUCCACUUCCACUGCAUCACCGCCAAUGUCCGCCACGGCCACUCCGCCUGCCCGCUCUGUCGCAAGCGCUGGCAUGAGGUGCCCUGGAUGGGCCCUCCCCUCGCUGCCCCUCCCCCUGCUGCCCCCUCCCCUGCUACCCCCGCCCCCGCCCCAGCUGCUGCCGCUGCUACUCCGGCUCUUUCCCCUGGUGGUGCCGGUGGUGGCUUCGUUUCCGCCGCUUCCUCCUCUGGCUCGUCUACCAGCACCACCAUCACUCCUGUCAUCACCACCCUAACCUCCCCCUCCUCCUCUUCCUCCUCCUCCCGGCACACCUGCACUCGCUCCUCCUCUCCACCUGACAUGCUCGCCUCUGUCUCCCCGCGCUCCCACCCCUCCCCUCCUGCUGCUGCGUUCACCAGUACCCUCCCCUUCCCGGAGCAACGUGUGGUUGGCGUUGCUGUUGCUGCUUCUACCACUGCUACCGCCCCUCCCACCACUGCAGCAACAGCAACUGUGCCUGUCCAGAUGUACCUGCACCCUGCACAAGAUCCCUACACAGAGGAAGGCCCUGGCAGUCCAGACACCAGCGGCACUUACGAUUCUGGGGAGAUUUGGGCGGCAGCUACUGCCGCCCAGUCCAAGGCUUGGGCGGCAAUGAGGAGGAGCAAGGGCGAGGGGAGAGGGGGAGGGGCGGGUCAGGGGGGUGGGGAGAGGGAGAGGGCUGAAGCAGGAGGGGGAGCUGCAGGCAGGGAAGGGGGUGGGGGGCAGGGGAGGGGACCACACUGUUCACACCAAUCGGUUUCGGUGCCAAUAAGUGGUCCAGGACACAUGUCUUCAUCAAUUGCGGCCAUAUCCCCCCUUCAAGGUGCUGAGGGAACGACAGCGCCCAGAGGACAACCGACAGCAACAGCAGCAGCGGCACCAGGGGUACCACCAGCAACAGCAGCAGCAGCACUGUUGCCGUCGCCUCCUGCCACGUCAGCUGCCACGUCAUGUGAGGAUCCUGACAGCACGACAUCCCUGCAAGCGUGGAUGGGCGGCCGGCAGGGUGAAGGCACAGUGGAAACUGCAACAGUGGCUGACGGAGAGUCAGCUAGGGCUCCAUAUGGGGAGCUUAUCCCUGGCAGCAGCACCAGCAGCACCAGCAGUUUCCUGGCACAACCGCCUCAGCUGCAGCAGCAGAACCUGCUGAGGCAGGCAUCAAGUGUGGCGCACGAGUUGUCCCUGGGUCGUUCCCGGGCCACCACUGCCCUCCCUCGCUCUAAAAGCGGCAGCGGCGCCAUCAGUGGCAGCAGCAGCAGCAGCAGCAGGGGCGGUACUGCCAACACUGACGCUGCUGGUAGUACCCAUGCUGCCAACCCCAACAGUACCAGUGGCAUCGGCAGCAGUGGCAGCCUUAGAACGGCCUCCAGCCUCCCCACCCCUCCUCCUGCCAGCCAGGCAGUGCAUGCCAUGCCUUUGCCCGGCGUGCACGGGGACGAGGGAGCGGACGCAAGGGCGGGUAGGACUGGCCCAGCCUAUGCGCCUCUGACACGUGGCAGUCUGCAGCCUCUCGCCGCCAUCCAUCCGGUGAGGCGCCAGAUGCUGCUGCCAGGUCAGCAGCAGGCGCAGGGGCAGGCGCAGGGGCAGGUGCAGGGAUGGGGACAGGGGCAAGCAGGGGGACAGGGAGUGGUGGGGACAGGGGGGCAGCAAGGGCAAGUGGUGGCAGAUGACUCCCCUCGUGAGUACAACGACGACCAGAGCCUCUUCAGCCCCCCUGCUGCUGCGCCUCGUGCUUCUGCUUCCGCCGCUGCUGUUUCUACUGGCGCUGGCGAUGCGGCUGCUCCUGCGGGGGCUGCCACUGCUGCUGAUGGUCCAGGUUCCGGGUCUGGGCCUGGUGUGGCAGGCACUCAACGCCCUCCCUCGCGCCUCUCUGCUGUUGAGCCCGCGGGUCCGGAAUCACGCCCAGUGCACACGUUGUCUGUCUCUGUCUCUGUCUCUGGCGCUUCCUCUGCUGCUGCGUCUGUUCCAACAGGAGGCACUCCAGCGGGCCUUGCAGAUGGCGCUUCUGCAGGUGGUACAACGAGCGCUGCUGCUAUAGCAACGGCUGAAGACAACAGCGACGCUACAGCUGGUCCAAGUGCAGCAGCUGAGGGGGACGAGGUUGCUGCUCCCUCAGCAGAGCGCACUGAAACUGCUGCUAUGGCUGCUGCUAUUGCUGCUAUGGGAGUUGGUGCCAUUGCUGGUGAAGAGGCACAGCUUGCUGCAGAUGCUGCAGUGCAGCCUGAGGAGAGCACGACGGAAGCAGGCAAUUCGUGGGGAGAUGCUGCUGGAGUUACUGCUUAUGUUGCUGAUGCUGCUGAUGCUGCUGGUGCUGCUGGUGCUGCUGGUGCUGCUGGUGCUGCUGAUGCUGCUGAUGCUGCUGGUGCUGCUGGUGCUGCUGGUGCUGCUGGUGCUGCUGGUGCUGCUGAUGAUGCUGGUGCUGCUGGUGCUGCUGUGCAGGAGGCCCUGGCUGGUCCUAGCACUCAAGGCAGUGCUGCCGCCAGUGCCAUGGCAGUUCCCAGCGCUACUCCAGCUGCCACUACUGCUGACGCUGCCACUCCCCCCAGCAGCACUCCACCAGCAAAUUCCCACCUCGAACCUCUUGCCGCCCCCUCUCAGCCGCCCCUGCCUUCCCCUCCCUCCUCUGACCCCCCCUCCUCCACCCCGCCCUCCUUCUCCCAGCCCCAGAAGGCGCCUCCCUCAGAUAACGCCUCGUUCCCUGUCCAGCUGUCCGUGUGUGCUGAGCGUGUCCCUCCACCUUUCAUGGAAGUUUCCGAGUGCUACACUGUGUUGCUCACUCUUAAAGCCCCUCCUCUCGACCCUCCCUCUGCUGACCUCACUCCGACCACUACCGAUGAUACUGACAGUGACGCCACUGCUACUGCUUUCUCCUCCGCCUCCUCCGUUGCGCACUCCUUUAGAGUGCCGAUCGAUUUAGUCACACUCCUGGACCUGAGCGGCAGCAUGCAUGGCCCCAAGCUACAGCUGCUACAGCAGGCCAUGCUCUUUCUCAUCUCCCAGCUUGGCCCGCGCGACCGCCUCUCCAUAAUCACAUUCUCGUCACAAGCACACCGGGUGACCCCCCUUAGGAGGAUGAACGAGACGGGGAGGGGGGAGGCGGAGGGGAAGGUGCGGGGGCUGGUGGCAGGGGGCGGGACGAACAUCGCCCAGGGGAUGCUCAAGGCGCUAAGGGUGGUGGAGGAAAGGCGGGAGAAAAACCCGGUUGCGAGUAUCAUGCUGCUGUCGGACGGGCAGGACACGGCGACCUGCAGCCAGAAGGGGUUCGGGUAUAGCUCUCUCACUCACUCCAAGCAGAGCUACAGCCGCCUGCUCCCCAGCCAGAUGACCCGCUCCAAAAACUCCUCUCAGAAUUCCUCCGCCUCCUCCUCCUCCCGUCGUCUGGUCCCAGUGCACACCUUCGGCUUCGGCGCUGACCACGACGCUGCCGCACUCCACGCCAUCGCGGCCGACACAGCUGGCGUCUUCUCAUUCGUCGAGGAGCCGGUCGGCGUGACGGCCGCCUUUGCGCAGUGCCUGGGCGGCCUGCUGUCCGUCGUUAUCCAAGAGGCCAAAAUCUCCUUCGCCGUGGGAUCGGAUCUCCCCGGGUGGCAGAUCGCGGCAGUACAUGCGGGGGGUUAUGCGUACAGGGUGGGGGAGAAGGAGCGGGAUGGGGCGGUGCUGCUGGGGGACUUGUAUGCGGAGGAGGAGAGGCAUGUGAUGCUGGAGGUGUGGAGGAGACGACACGUGGAGGACGAAUCGAGGGCCAGGGACACGUCAGCAGCGCAGCGCGACAUGAGUCGCAUUCUGCGAGCGCGCUGCAGCUACCGGUGCCGGCCUCUCUUCCAAGACACGCACCGCACGCCACUAGUGGAGCUGGCUGUAGCACGGGGGGAGGAGGAGGAGGAGGAGGAGGAGGAGGAGGAGGAAGAGGGAAUGGGGGAGUGGGAGGAGGAAGGGCGAAUGUGGGAGGAGGGUGAUGAAGGGGAGUGGUAUGAUGAGCAGCAGCAGCAGCAGCAGCAGCAGCAGCAGCAGGAGGAGGAGUAUGGGCAUGUGCAAGGGGACAUGGGGAAUGGCCCGGAAAGUGGUGGUCGUGAGAGCUUCGCCUCAGCUCUAGCAGCCGCAGGCGGGUGGGACAGCGGGGAGCAGCAGGGUGGGAUGUCAGCAGGAGGUCGAUCACGUGGCACAUCACCAGUAUCAGGCGCUAUGGAGUCUGGAAGGAUGGAUUCUGGAAGGGUGUCUGGCAGGCGAAGGCUGGGAGAGGCGGCGAAGCAGAGGAGGAAGAAGAAAGCACCUCCCAUGGCGUUGGAGCGGCAGAAGAACCGACUCGCCGCCACCAAAUGCAUCACUGCGGCAUUGCAGCAGGCGGAGGGUGGCAAUCUGGGGGCGGCGCAGCGCACCUUCCAGCAAGGGGUAGCAGGCAUCGAGGCAUCAUAUGCCAUGCAGCAAGGGGAUGAGGCAUCCAGGCAUUUGAUUGACGAGCUGCUGGAGAUAGAGAGAAGGAUGUGCAACAUGCAGACUUACAAGGGAGCAGGCCUGGCGUACGCGCUCUCAGCCCAGUCCGCCCAUCUGCUGCAACGAGCCAACACGAGGGGGGGCGGGAUGGCAACAGAUAGUGCAGGACUUGACUACAUGACCCCCUCCAUGGUCAACAUGCUGCACAAGUCCCGAGCACACAGCGCAGCCUUUACCUCCUCCUCCUCUUCCUCCUACCCUCCACCCCAUCACGCUCAACCCCCUCAUCACCCCACACUCCCCCCCUCACACCCUCUAUCACACUCCCCCACACACCCCUCACCUCACCUUGAGGACAGCAGCAGUGGGUCUCUGGUGCUGCCUGCGCCACACUCAGGCCCAUUCAUGGAGGGCCGGGAGUGCGAGACGCCCACUUUCAGAGGCAGGGGGGUGCCAAAAAACGAUAGUGGGGGAGGGGCAGCGGCUGCUGCCGGUAGUGCUGCUGCUAGCAUUGCUGCCGCUGGGGCUGCCACCUCCUCCUACACUUCCUCCCAGCCUCCCUCCCAGCCUCCCUUCAAUACCAGACAAGGGGCAAACGGGGCACAUGGGACAUAUGGGGCACAUGGGGCAUGUGGGUUGGGUGGAACGCUUGUUGCUGGGGCUGCACCUCUCCCUCAACCUCCCCUGGCUGGUGGGAAUGGCGGCAGCUACUCCACCGACAGUAGCAGCAGCUAUUCAACCCACAACAGCGGGGGUUUCAGCAGCAGAGGGAGUAAUGGCAGUAACGCUAACAGCACUGGCGAGCGUAGAGGUGCUGACGGCAGCGUGCCUGGGAGAAGCGCUAUUAGUGAGCAGCAGGAGAUGGCGGUGGAACUCUCCUUUGGCUCUGCUUCCUCCCCCGCCCGACCCCCUUCAGAGAUGGACUGGCAGGCACGGCAGCAGCAGCAGCAGCAGCAGCAGCAGCAGCAGCAGGGCUCCAUGGGUCUGAGAAGGCAGCGGUCCGGCGGUGUGCAGCGGAGCAGCAAACCGGCUCCGCUGGCGGUCCGGAGCGGGAUGAACCUGGCGGCUGCCGUGGCUUCUGCUGCUGCUACUGGGGAGGGCAGGCUCGACUCGUCGGCCUCUCUCUCUGCCGUGGCUCACAUGCUCUCCUCCUCGCCUCGCCCUGUGGAAGCGUGAGAGCCGAUCUGAGACGAACGGGUAUAGUGUGUGUAUCAGCAUCGGCAUCAGCAUCGGCAUCAGCAUCAGCGUUCAGUCGGCUUCGCUCCCUGCUGCAGCGCAUUCAGCUGCAUGAUAUCGAUCUUGAGUAUGGAGCUAUGGGAGCGGCACAACCUCAUGGAGCACCAGCAUUUGAUAGAAGGUUCUUGAGACGAAUAAAGAUAAACCUUCUCGCUGCUGCAGCGCAUUCAGCGGGAGGAUUUCCAUCUGGAGUAUGGAGGCCUUGGAGCGGGCCGAGCGGCAUCACUUCGUGGAGCACCAGCAUUUCACCAUUGCUUAGGGACUCCAUAGCACCAUGCCUUUACUGCUAAGGGUUUUUUUUGCUUGGAAGUCUGUUAAAUUAUAUAUAUAUUAUAUAAUUGGUAAGCUUGGUAGGUGUUACUGAAACCUACUGUUGAGGGUACAACCCCCCUCCUUGUAUCCCUCUCUCUUCUAUUCUCGAUCUCUUUUCUCUCGUCAACUUCUCUCCUAGCUAAACCCUCACGCCAUUCCAUGGCCGCCAACCUUUCCUACUGUUCCUAGCUUUCGUAACAUGGUAUCAGAGCAGGUUGCCCUUCCCGGGCCUGCUCCCCACGCUUCCGCCGUGCACUCCUUCUCUCCCUCUCGCGCUGCCAUGGCGGCCGCGUCGUGCUGCGGUGAUUCUAAACCACCCCCCCCCCCCCCCCCCCCCACUUUUCCCCUGCGUCCCCUCUUCCUUGCCACAGUCGACGCCUGACUCGUGAGGGUCUUCCCCAUCGUCGCGGAGCUUGGCCACGCCGCCGAGAGGGCGGGGGCCGCUGCAGUCGCCUCUGACGUCGAAGCCGCUGCCGCCGCUGCUGUUGCCGCUGGCCUGUUGCCGCCGCACGCCGUCGCCGCCGCCGCUGUCGUCACUGCCGCCGCUGCCGCCGUUGCCAUCUCACGGGCCCCGGGGAUUGGCCAUACCGGAGUAAUCGUGGCUUCUGCU